AAACUAUUCUACACUCGAAAGGUUUUAGUCACUGCGUGAGGAAUCAAUACUCACGUGAAAAUCACCUUUUACAACACGGUUCCAAACUUGGCUGGGCAAGCAUAAUCAAAACUGUGACGCAAAAGCCACUUUCAGUUGAGCCUUGCACUAGUUGUUUCUCUUUACUAAUGAGUGAUAAGGAUGGCGGAAAGAGAACAAACUCAGAGACCCAGUCUAUCAUUCUCUAUCGAUAAUAUUUUGAGAGAUGAUUUUCCAGGCUCGUCAAGACAAAGCAGAACGGUUCCUUACUUGGUCCAGACGAGAAGUUUAAGUUUGCCCCAGCUACGAGCUUCCCAACAAGUCAUUCCAUGCCAAUGUUUAUCUUCCCGCUACAGACCCCCUUCUGUAUACUUGUACAACCCGCAAGAUGUCAAGAAGGAGACGGAAUUUUUGUCUAGAAGUCCGGGGAAAAUAUAUUCAGAGAUGGGGAGGAGUUCUGUUCGAUGUGAAGUUGGCAAGGCUUCUAGUGAACAGCAAGGUAGUUCGAGCAAGUCAAGUUAUUGCAAAGAGAAAUCCUCAAACGACGAGCGGAAUAAACAAGAAAAAGACGACGACCAAACAAACAGCGCCAAAAAUGACCAACAAAAAGAGAAGAAAAAGAGAUUCCGAAGCCAUUUUUCUCAACUUCAGCUGCAGUACUUGGAAAACAUUUUCGCGCGCCAACACUACUUGAGUCGCGAUGAAAGAACACUGCUGGCCGGCGCACUGGAAAUGACAGAGCUGCAAGUUCGAAACUGGUUUCAAAAUAAACGUUACCAGAAAAGACACCGAGAAAUCCAAGCCUUACAGAAAGUUGGUAAACAAGUUCCAGUUCAAGUGCUAGUGAACGAGGGAAGUCCGUUAAUCAAUACAAUUAGACAUGAACUCAGGUAUUAGGUAAUAAUGAUAAUGAUAGAUACAUUCCGAAAUAUUUUGAAGAAAACAGAUUAAAAGAGUUAAAAGGUAUGUUGUUAUGUUAAGUUGUUGUUUUUGAGGUCAAAGACCUGUAAUUUUCAGUUUGGUAAAAGCACAAUAAACAAAGGCGUUUUAGAAGAAUUAGAUUCGUUUCACGUAACUAUAAACAAAAGAUUUGUACGUUCGUAUGAUCAGUAUUUGUUAGUUAUCAAAUAACGAAAUAAAAGAUGUUGCAGUUGUUA